UACUUUAUGACCUCUCUCUUUUCCUUUGCGCUUCUUGCGCUCGCCUCCUCUGUGUCGGCGUCGCCGAACCUCCAGAAACGGGUCUCGGGUGUCACCUACUCUUCAAACGGAAUCAAUGGCGCGACAUUUGACUAUAUCGUCGUUGGUGGUGGAUUGGCAGGCAUGACCGUUGCCGCGCGACUUGCUGAAAAUCCAGCAAUCACCGUUUUGCUUAUUGAAGCUGGGCAAGACGACAGAUCAAAUAGUCAGAUCUACGACAUCUAUGAGUACGCUCAGGCGUUUGGAGGACCGAUGGAUUGGGCAUGGACGGCUGAGCAAGGCAAAGUUAUCCAUGGUGGGAAGACUCUUGGUGGCAGCAGUUCUAUCAACGGCGGGCAUUGGACAAGGGGCUUAGCUGCACAAUACGAUUCAUGGUCAAAGCUGCUCGAAGACAGCGAGCAGAGCGUUGGGUGGAACUGGAAUGGAAUCUUCAACUACAUGAAGAAGGCAGAGUCAUUUUCCGCUCCCAACUCUCAGCAGGCGGCAAAGGGAGCUCAGUCAGUCGGAUCCUAUCAUGGCACCUCUGGUCCCGUCCAAGUUACCUACCCUGACUUGAUGUAUGGUGGCCCGCAACAAUCCGCGUUCAUCAACACCAUCGGUAGCCUCACAGGCUUACCUCUCUCCAAGGAUCUCAAUGGUGGGGCGCCAAACUGUGUGUCGAUUACUCCCCUUUCUAUCGAUUGGCAUCGCGACGACCACCGCUCUUCAUCCGUAGAAGCUUACCUCACUCCCGUCCAAAGUCAGCGCACUAAUUGGGUUACCCUCGGUAAACACAUUGUCACCAAAAUUCUUUGGUCGAAAACCGGAACCGUGCCCGUAACGGCCACGGGUGUCGAAUAUCGCUAUUGGGUCAACCAGCCCACCACUUAUACCGCUUUUGCGCGGCGCGAGGUCAUCAUCGCAGCUGGUGCCAUCCAAAGUCCUGUUCUCCUUCAAUUAUCUGGAGUUGGUGACCCUGCCGUCCUUAAUCCUCUUGGCAUUCCCACCGUCGUCAAUCUCCCCACUGUCGGCAAGAACUUGCAAGAACAAACAAUGAACUCUCUCGGUGCUCGGGGGAAUGGGUUCGAUCGGGGCGGGAGUGGGCCCUCCGAUGCAAUUGCUUACCCAAAUAUCUACCAACUGUUCGGCGACCAGGCCAACAACAAGGUAUCCCAGAUUCGAGGCAACCUGACGAACUGGGCGAACUCGCAAGCAGCUAGUGGACUCUCCGCCAGCGCCUUGCAAACAAUAUUCGGUAUUCAGGCGGACUUGAUCAUCAACAACAACGCGCCAGUUGCAGAGCUUUUCUACGACACAGGAUACCCAGACGACCUCGGUAUCGAUAUGUGGCAGCUCCUGCCUUUCAGUCGUGGAAGCGUCAAAAUCACCUCCACGGACCCCUUCGUUUACCCUACAAUCAAAUGCAACUACUUCUCGGUUCCAUUUGACCUUGACGUUCAAGUUGCGGGUGCACGACUCUCCCGCCGUAUUCUUACUUCGCCACCACUCUCUGGGCUUUCCACAGGCGAAACCAUUCCUGGCUCCGCUGUCCCAGACAACUCCCAGCGGGGAACCGACGCCGCAUGGCAGUCGUGGAUAAAGAACGGAUUCGCCAGUGUUGCCCAUCCAAUUGGGACGGCUGCAAUGAUGAAGCGGUCGCUGGGUGGUGUUGUCAACGCCCAGCUCAAGGUUUACGAUACCACGAACGUCAGGGUCGUUGACGCUUCCGUGCUGCCGCUCCAAAUCAGCGCACACUUGAGCUCGACGCUGUAUGGUGUGGCGGAGAAGGCCGCUGAUCUGAUCAAGGCAUCCCAGUAA